UAAACCAUAUCAUUUAUAUUGACUCUUUACAGCCAAUGGACCAAUGUUUACUCUUUAUUUUAAUGUUUACUGAUAGUAAUUACGUCUUGGAACUUGUUAAAUAUAUUAACAUCGCCUUAAGAAAACUGUGACGUGAGUUCUUCAGACAUCUAUAAGUGAAAACACAGUGCGGUGCUAAGGAGUUGCGGUGUGGUGAGGAGCUUGCUGAGGGAGCUGGUUGGUGAGGAGCUUGUUUGGAGGUCUUGCUGGUUCAGGAGAAUAGAGUAAAAUGAGUUCCGCAGCCAGGCCUACUCUAUUUAUACGGCUGCUCAGGAUCAGAGACACGAGGUGUGAACUGUGCGGGGCCAAUCACCGUGCAGUACGCGAGACAGAGCUGGUACGCUGAUCCUGGCUGGGAAGUGGAAGGUCAAGACUCGGUCACCGAUAGUACUCCUCCGUCUGCACCUGAGAACUAGUCUGUCGACGUUGCUCGCUGAAAGCUGAUUGGCUGGAAAUAUUGAAAUAAUGUCUGCUCCCGAGGAAAAGAUCUAUGACUUAAUUGUGGUUGGUGCUGGCAUGAUUGGGUCAGCUGCUGCCCACCAUGCUUCUCAGAUCCCCAAUACAACUGUCUGCUUAGUAGGACCCCCAGAGCCUAAGGUUCGUAAAGGGCAAGACAUUUUUGGCUGCUGGUUUGAUGAGGGCAGGCUCUGUUAUCAGAUUAAUAGAAACAAAAUCUGGUGCAAUCUUGGAGCUAAGUCUCUCGCAAGAUUCAGGGACUUAGAGAAAUUGACAGGGGUGAAAUUCUACACAGAAUCAGGCUAUGCUUAUGUAACCUUGGACAAGAGCACUCUUGAAAACUUAAUGGAAGUAAAUCAGAAAUGUGGAUUUGAGGCUCAAGAUAUUACAAACUCGUGGAAGAAUAUCUUUCCAUUUUUACACUUGCCUGAUAAUGCAAGUGUUGUCUGGCAAAGUGUGAAUGGUGGCCACAUUAUUCCACGAAAGCUGGUGACUGCCCAUCAGACUGCCGCUCAGAUGUGUGAUGCCCAGAUUUUACACAAAAUCGUGUCCACUGUUCUGCCAUCAAAAUGUGAUACACACAAAUGGGACGUAGUGACAGAGUGCGGCAGUGUACUUCAAGGCCACCGGGUCUUGGUAGCUGCUGGUGGCUUUGCUGCUCUCAAGCCAUUAUUUCACCAUGUUGCCCCACAAAUGGUCCCCGAUCUUGAACUGAGGACCCAGACUAUUUCAUAUCUAUGCAUCAGUGCAGAAGAAGCUCAAAGACUAAAGUAAGAAACUGGUGGAGUGGUUUUAUGUUAGGCCAACAGUCCAUUGGUCACAGGUUUGAAUCUCCAUUGAGAAGAUGGUGUGUGUUUGAUAUCUGAUGUAAGAUAGUGCUGCUGUAGUGCUGUGGUGUGAUCAUAUCCAUAGUGACUUGUCUCAAAAAUUCAUACGGGUUGGCCCUCUCUUAUCCGGGACUCCAUUAAUUGGUAACUUCCAGUUAUUGGCAUAAUUAUCAAAAACGAAUUAUUGUAUCCAUAAAAUCUCCUAAUAUAUAGCUCAUUCAACUGCCAUGCAGUUAUCCAGUUGCCCCAGACUCAAUUCUACUAUUAUUUUCUGACAUCCAUGCAAUUAUCACAAUGAUCUUGAAGCUAAAAAAUAAUUAUACACGAUCAAAAUAAUAAUAAACUUUUCAAACUUUAUGUAAAGACACCCAGAUGGGUGACAUCUUACAGCUGCAGCACGAUGCUGCCAGACAUGGUAACAGUACCUGCAUUGUACUGCAGAUAGACAGUUAUUGAUUUAUCAUUUCUACCACUUGUCAGCAAACUAGAUGUUUGGCCAGUUGUCUUGUUCCUUGUAAUGACUCUCAUUGCCUAGUGUUAGUAUAGGAGGAACCAGAGUACCCGGAGAAAACCUGGGAUACUGUAUUUGGUUAGGUCAGCCACACUUUUACUUUUAUCCUCUUCGCCACUGAUCGGCUUGUUAGCCGCUUGGGCAAUCGGUC